AUGAGUGCAGAAGGAAAGAUAGAUCCCCCUCCCUACUUGAUACCAGUCGAGGGUCAGAACGAUGGAGUGACGGUUUACCAUCUGCAUUCACCUUUCACCCCCCCGGCCUCGCAGUCGACCGGCUCGUUAGUGUACACGAGCGGCGGAGCAGGAAACCUCAGCGCCAACCCCGAAGCCGCGGAUGGCAAGAGAAAGUUUGUGAGCUACGACACUGAACUGGGAGAGAACGCCGGCAUGACCACCUGCACUUCCUGUCAGCAGCAGGUCAUGACCAACGUCACCUACAAAGCAGGGACGUACGCCUGGCUGAUGUGUUUACUCUUCAUCUGCUGUGGGUUAGUCCUGUGCUGCUGCCUGAUUCCAUUCUUCAUGAAAAACUUCAAGGACGCGUACCACACAUGCCCGCGCUGCAACCGGGUGCUGCACGUGCACAAGAAGAAGUGCUGCAAGUGA